GCCGCGGCCGUUGCCCUGCCCUUUAGCUUCUCCGCCCUGAGGGUCGGGGCGGUCCUUCCGCGGUCUGGGCCUGCUGACGGGGACACAGUGGACAUGAGGCGGCUCAGCCGGCUGCAGAGGCAAGUUCUGGGCCUGUACCGAGAGCUGCUGCGCGCUGGGCGCGGGAAGCCGGGCGCCGAGGCGCGGGUGCGGGCCGAGUUCCGGCAGCACGCCAGCCUUCCGCGCUCCGACGUGCUGCGCAUCGAGUAUCUGUACCGCCGGGGACGGCGCCAGCUGCAGCAGCUGCGUUCCGGCCACGCCACAGCCAUGGGGAUCUUCGUGCGCCCUCAGGGCCCGACGGCAGCCCAGGAAGCCGUGCUGGACGGUAGCGAUGGCCCAAAGAGCCCUUGUGGAAACACGGGGGCACGGGAGACGCCAUCCGAUGGACGGUGACAGACAGACCCCAGAGAAGGGUCCCUUCUGACAGUUUGGGGAGGAUCGGAAACUCAUCUCGUGGAAGGGGAGAUGUCUGGAGAGAAUUGUCCCGACGCGCGAUGAGAGACCAGACACUCCCUCACCAAGAAGGUUCCGGGCAUCCUGUGGCACCGGCAGGCUGCACAGCGUCUGCCGUGAUGCACCAACCCAAAGUCAAAGAGAGUUCAAACGAACUUCCUCCUCCCCUCGGACUGAUGGGACCCAGACACCCAGAGACAUCCCUCUCGACUUCAGAGAACACACUCACCCACCCACCUCCCGCCCUUUGCUGUUUCUGACGCAGGGUUUCUCUGUGUAACAGUCCUGGCUGUGCUGGACUCGCUUUGUUGACUAGCAGGGCCUCGAACUCACAGAUCCGCAUGCCUCUGCCCCCCCAGUUGCUGGCGUUCAAGGCGUGAGCCACCGCACUGAGCAAGUUUAAUAAAAUAUCCAGAUGAACCGUGAGAAACUUCGCAGUCCAGUUGAGAAAACAGUUGUCCCACUCAUCGUGACAAACGAGGGAGGUUACUGUAGCUCAUCCCAGGCUGAUAAGCCAACGACCCCUGGAGGAUCCCUCGUGGUUCCAAGAGGCAGUCCCUCAAGGGUUCACGUUCCUCAGGAUUAUUGUCUAAAGGGAAUAAAUGUGAGGUGUGCUCAUA